CAGCUUCCUCUUCCUCCAUCCAGGACUCCAGGUAUAUAAAUAGAGACAGUCUGCUAACCAGGACUCCCCUCAGCAGGUGAUGAAGGUGAGCAGGGUGCUUCAGCUGAUCGUCUGGGUGGUGGGCCUCUGUCUGGCACAGCAAGUCCCACCACAGUCCAGCCCUGGCUCCAGGGAACGGGGUGGCGGCCAAGUCCCUAUGCCCCAGCUGAAGGUGCUCUCUGCGGGGCUUGUUCACCUCCUGCAGGGGCUCCAGGAGAGCCAGGGCUACGUGGAGAAGCACGUGGAGCAGGUCACAGGGGAGCUGGAGGGGACCGAGCGGGACGUGGAGAGGCUGCGUGAGCUGGGGGUUCAAGCGGGUAGGGCCCACCGGCGGGUGAGGGCAGACCUCCAGUUCCUGAGAGCACAGGGGGACCGGCUGGAGAGAGCGACCCGGGAUCUGCAGCUGGAACUGGGGGCUACAGAGGCCGAGCGGAGGGGCCUGGAGCUCAGGGUGAGCAGGGUCCUGGAGAGGGUGAAGAACGCAGCGGAGCCGAUAUCAGCGGCUGACUCGCUAGUCGACAUGAGUCUACUGAAGGUCAUUCUGGAGACUCAGUCAGGCAGGCUGGCUGAUCUGGCCUUGGAGGUGAGGAACCAGGACGUGAUGAUUGACAGGAACCUACAGCACAUUGUUGACCUGGAACAGCAGGUGUCUCGCAGUAGGGGCCGAAGACCCCCUGCCAGGUCUGGGGGGACAUUCUGAUUGGUCUGUUCAGAGGGAUGUGACAUUCUGAUUGGUCUGUUUGCGGUGGGGGGGGGGUGUAUUCUAAUUGGGCUGUUCUAGAGAGCAGCUGUAUCAAUAGUCUCUAUCCUUUCCUAACAAAACCAUGCAACCUUUAGUGGCAGCAUAGAUGUCUAUAAUGAUACAGUAGAUCACCCAUGGUAGGAAAUGCUUCUUCCUCAUCCUGAUGAAGUGAAACAAUUGUUUUUU